UCCGGAAGACAGAUGGUUUCUGUCUUGAUUAAGUUUUAAUUUUCCUCUUGGAUGGAACUGACAAGCUUGUCUGGUUCUGUCGUGAACAAGCGUCUCUCUCCCGUUGCUUCCUGUCUAAAGGGUAACUACGGUGUGACUCCUGGGACAGGAGCCGAUCUGUGAGAGUGCUUCUUUUUUUUUUUUUUUUUUUUCUGGAGCUGACUUUUUCAUUCUUUGUUCUGCAGCAGGCCUACACUCCUGUGAUUAUUUAUUUACUUGAUUUUAUUGUAUUUUUUUUCCAACUUCGAGGGAUAAUGCUUCAAAACUGGAGAUUAGUAUUUAAUACAACCUUGUUUUUCUCCUGAUGGUGCUCUUACGCAGACAGACUGAUGGGGACUCCUCUGAAGCCUUAUCAUGCACAUAAAUAAGACACAAGGCGCAAGUAAGAUGAAGAUGAUCAUACUGACACAACAAUUACUCUGGGGGUUCAUUUUGCUCUGCACAGUAAACCUCAGCAUCCAGCAAGUGUCCAGUGGCAACCAAAGCUCUCGAGGACAGAGAGGGUCAUCACAGGAGAGGACGGGGACAUGUGAAGUGGUUGCGGCUCAUCGCUGCUGCAAUAAGAAUAAGAUUGAAGAGCGCUCUCAAACAGUCAAGUGUUCUUGCUUCCCCGGACAGGUAGCCGGGACAACAAGGGCACUGCCCUCUUGUGUUGAAGCCUCCAUUGUGCAUCAGAAAUGGUGGUGUAAAAUGGAGCCGUGUCUGCAGGGGGAGGAGUGUCGAGUUCUCCCUGACCUCACUGGUUGGUCAUGCAUCUCUGGGAACAAAGUGAAGACCACGAAGGUGAGGAGGGGCCCGGCAUUAGUCUGAGUCACAGUUGGAUUUGUCCAUCCAUCCAGCUGUUAGCGUUACCUGCUUGAUUCCUCAGAAGGUUGCAGGAGGGGUGCUGAGGCAUAUCCCAGCUGACCGUGGGCAAGAAGUGAGGCACACCUUGAAUAGGUUGCCAUUCCAACACAGUCAUUCUAUUCAAGUUUCUUUUUUAUAGCAGCGAUAGCAAUCAAAAUUGUCUGAAGACGCUACACAGAUGUCUGUGCCUGAGCUCCCUGGAGCGAGCACGAAGGCAAAAGCAAGGGGGAAAAAAAAGAAAACAAAAAAACCUUGCUUUUUAACAGGAGGAAACCUUGAAUGCUGCCAAGCUUUUACAGAUGGGUCUAGGGGAUGGAUGAACAGGAUCCGUAAAGAAAGCCAGAUAUCCAAGAAAAAGAGAAGAAAAGGGACUGAAGAAGAGAGCACAGAGAGAGAGAGAAACCAAUUUAUUCAUACAAAUGUCACAUUGAAGUUAGCCUUACUAUUGUAUGUAUACAUGAUGCAUUCAGAUGAUGCAUCGCAUUUACAAGAAUGAAAAUGGAUAAAACGGGGAGAGCCGGCAUUCGGAGUAUUAAUUAUAGAACAGCUGAGUGGGCAUACAGUGUGCUUAUGAGGUUACUGUUGGAAGGAUAAACAGAGCAAUGAGGCAGAUAACUGUGUCAGAGAUGACAGUCAUUUACAUUAGGGGUCUGUAUGUGGGCAUCCCAUAUAACAGAUCUCAUUAGCAGAUCGGAAAGAAAGGGAAAAGCUCUCAGCCUUACACAAUACAAAGCAACUUCACAGUAAAGCACUGCAUGCAGAUCUGGUUUCGUGGCGAGCCUAAUCUUUUUUGGGGACUUCCUGGUUGACUUGUAUACGUCCUAAAACUUUAUUCUCCACUGCUGUCCUUUGAUUCUGACAGAUUCCUCAAUCAAGUGUAAUAACUGCUCCCAUUGGCUGUAUCAAACCUCUUGCUCUCGCCAUCCUCAGUGCGCUCGGAAAACCUAAUUCCAUAAUCUGGUGAAUGAUGGGGCCAAGAGGACAAACAGGAAAUAAGCUGUGAACUAAUUCUGCACACUAAAACCCAUGUAAUUAAAUCUGACGGCCAAAGGAAAACCCCACCGCUUUUAGAAACGAGCUGUCUCUGAAGUUGCCUUUUUGUUGAACUGCUUUUUAUACAUAAUUCAUAGCGAGGGGGAAAUAUUUUACAGUGAAAGUGGGGCAGGUAAGCAAUGGAAGCAUGCCGAAAAGGAUCAAUGGCUUCACUGCAGCCACAACACGGUAAUAUUUAAUCAAGGAUAAAACAGAAUAGGAUUCAGGUACAUUUUUUUUUUCUUUUUGCUGUAGGAAGGGGGAUGACUUCUUUGUGGGGGGAUGUAAGAUGAUCUUUAGUUUUAGAAAAAUAAAAACAGAACUCAUAAGUCAAAGCAUAAAAAAUUGAAGCAAACUCGCAUUCUACAGCAUAAUGAAAGAAACUAAUUGAUGAGAACAAUUUGGUCCAAUAAGUCGUUUUGAUCUACCAUACCUGGAUGACAUGAAAGGGAAACCGAAUUUUCAAAUCAUUAAGGACAUAUUUCGAGUCAUUUUCAACAAAUCUUCAGCUAGUGGUUUUGUAAACACUGCUCAUCUUAUAUUUUAUAGAUUUCUUGGAUUAGUGAACGAGUGACACCACGGUAAGCUCAUGCAGAGGCGGGCCAAGCAGAGACCUUCCCAACAUGUGCCCUGAAAGUGCCUGGUUGUAAUCAUACUUUUACUUUCACAUCAGGCCCACCAGUUCACUGCGAGUUACAAUCAGGUCAAACGUAGUUCAUGUUGAGGGAGAGCUGUGUGACAACACGCUUUAGUGAUUAGGUUUCAAUGUUUUUAUCAGCUAUGUUACUAAUUCAGGGACAUUAAAUACUAUUUCAACUUUCAAAUAAUAAUUACUCCUUCAAGUUCUCUCUGCUCUGCAAGUGGCAAUGUAAUAAAGGGGUUAAAAUGUUGUACAUCUGCGCGUUCUUAUUCCGAAUCUUCUUGCAUAUCUGAUUCAAAUAUGACAAGCCCAUUAAGUAACCAUUACCUCCAGUGAUUGGUCCAAGACCUUUGACCGAGAGUUGCAUUUGUUCAAAACCAGUGUAUCCUUUCUCUGGUUUCACAGCCCACACAGAGGGAAGCAUUUGGGAAAUUUAACCAAUGCCAAGCUUGCAGAGAUCCAGUUUGAAUGCCCACAAUGAGACAACAAGUGAAAGGUUGGGAGAAAGGUUUUGACUUUGAGCAGAAAUUAGAAAGGCCGCAGCAGAGUUCAGGCUGGUAAUGCCACAGGCUGUCCAUGUCAAACACUUAUUCAAAAAUAAUGCAUUUAGUUUUACUUAAAGUUCGUAGCCUGAAAUGACCUCUGGUGCAUUACUAAAUAAACCAACACAAAGUUGAAGCAGUUUCGCUAGAUAUGCUGUAAAACAAGUUGCAAUUCAAGGAGAAGGACUGAGAUUAGCUACAAGCUUUAAUCGUCAGAUGUAAGUAUUGUGUGAAAGGCCUGCUCCUUCAGUCAGCUUUAGGCAACAACACCAGCAGCGACCUUUUUAUGCUCCUGCGGGAGCUUGCCUGCGUAAUCUGGCUCAUUUUGUGUUUAUCACGGGUUUAUCACUGAUCAAAAAGAAUGAAAACUGGGGCUGCCAAACCCACAGUGGGAUGAGGUGGAGGAAGGCACCAAUUGCUCAUAUCUAUGAGAGUGAUAACACUCUGUAAAGGCCAUUUAAUAGGCUGAUAACAGGCCAGGCAAAUGUCUUGUCUUUAGUUCACAGGGGUUGAUUCAUCGGCCACAAAAUAGACUUUUGUAAGCCGUAGCUGUAAGUCGACGAUAAUACUGGGGUGACAUAGCUGUAUUCUGACUGUUGCAGAAUUUAUUCUCUCUUUCACUGUGUCCCUGCUCUCUUUGUAAUGGAUACUUCUUACUUUAAUCAACGCAGUGCAGUAAAUUGAGAUUUUAUCAAAGCUUGUAAAUAUACUACGUACACAGCCCCCGAAUUGUUUUGAAAAAUAAAAGUAAAGGGGAAGCAACCUAAACAUGGAUUCUUCCUACUGGCCACCAGGAGGCUUCAAAUUUUUCUUGUGAAACUGCAUUUGAUGCUUUAGAGUGCCUUGUUGCUUCAUGACACACCCAGACCAGCACUGGUUUGAUCCGCAGUGCUCGCACAGCACCAGUUUAAGCACUGGUGGCUGUAACGUAGCAAAAUAUGAAAAAAGCAAAGUGUUGUGAAUUCUUUCCAAGUUCAUUCACGGUCAUUCAUAGAUUCGGCCGAGAACAGCGACUGUGAAAGCAGCUAUGUAGAACGCAUUGUCCUGCAUGUGUAAAAAGAAACAACUUGGUUAUCGGUAGUUUGGCUUCCCAGACCAGCCCUUAGCUUUAAAACUUGUCCUUUUCUCUGGACAAAGACAGAGUUGGUACCAAGACAGAAACUCUUUUAUGUAGGACAUGUGUCAAACUCGAGGCCCGUGGGCCAAAUUCAGCCCACUAUUACUAUUUAGGGCCACAUAAACAGCAGCAUUGCCAUUUAUGUGGCCCUACAUAGCAGAUAAAUAGGGGUUGAAUCACCGACCAUGAAAUAGUGGCAGAUGAAUUAGAGUCUAGAACCCAGAGGGCCACAUCUGUUUAUGGGGCCCCAUAGAUUUUGGAAGACCAGAUAAAGAGAACCUUCAAGAUGACAGUUGUGCACUUAAAUAUUAUUUUAAUCAGUCAAAUCAAAUGAGCUUUUUUGUACGUGCAAAAGUACAUCAACAUGAAAAGAUGUUUAAUAGUGUUUAAUUAUUAGAAGUAUUCAUCAAACCCAAAGAAAGCUAUAACAUUUUAACAGUUUUUUUAAUAGGCAGUUUUAUUAAUACAUUCUUCCACAACUGGCAGAAUGUUGACAUUAAUUAAGUUUAUGUGGCCUGAAAUGAAAAUGAAUUUGAUGUAGGAGAUUGGCACAGGAUUGAUUUUGCUAGGAUAAAAACCCUUCUUGACCUGGAACGGCUUAGACAGAAAAAUCUCAAAAAUGUACAUUUCUAUUUGAUCUGUUUUACCAUAGCAGAUAUUCUCUAGGAGUUUUGUAAGUUAUAGCCCUGAUUAAAGUGCAAUAAAUCACUAGUUAUGGCUGUAAUCUAUGAAGAUGCUUCAGCAAAGCAAUAAUAAAAAAAAAAAAUGGCAUAAAAUGUGAGUUAGCUCAAUGUGGCAAAAUCUGUAUCAAACUUUACAAGGGCAGCAUUUUUGCAGGAAGCACCACUGUUCAGCUUUUUUUGUUUUUGUUUUACUUCAAUAUUGAGAGCUUUUCUCACUUUUAGCUAGUCUUAUCCGCGACACACGCUUUACCAGCCUUUGGGUAAGUUUAUCAGCUGUACUAGCUUAUCUCUUGACAGACUUCAGUUUACAUACUGUAGUUUAGAUGUCAAGCUUUGGAGCUGGAGGUAGAAAUCUGUGAAUGUCUGAC